CUGACACUUCUCAUACGGAGUCUGGAGGACGAGGAUGACCCCACCGAGCUGGAUCCCCUUCACCCUGAUGCUUUCCUACACCGGGGCCUUCUUUAUGGACACCGAGAGUCCGAUCGUCUUCCGGAAUGCGGAUCGGAGCUUUGGACAUCAGGUGGCACAGCUGGAUAAAUGGGUGAUUGUCAGCGCUCCACUCCAACAGGCCGCCAUUAAUAAAACCGGACAGUUAUAUCGCUGUGACCCCAAAAGCAGCGCCUGCAAUGAGAUCCCUGUCACCACUGGAUCGGAGGAUGGGGUGAACGCGUCACUCGGACUCUCUCUGGCUGUCCAGGAGAAAUCACCGCAGUUGUUGGCUUGUGGGCCAACUCUUCAGAGAGUCUGCGGAGAGAAUCUGUAUGUUAAUGGACGGUGCUACCAGCUAGACCUGGUCAGGUCGGCGCCCCAGCGUACACUGCCGGCUUCUCUACCAGAGUGUACCCUUUCCAGCCUGGAUAUCGUCUUCCUGAUUGAUGGAUCCGGCAGCGUUCGUGGCGAAGACUUUAGAAAAAUGUUAACUUUUGUGUCUACGGUUAUGACCUCAUUCAGCAAGGCAGACACCCAGUUCGCCCUCAUGCAGUAUUCCAGCAAUUUUCAGACACACUUUGAUUUCCGAAGAUUUUCUUCAGUAAGAGACCCGACAAUUCUGACCUCAAACAUCAUACAAAUGAGGCAACAAACCAGAACCCCGACGGCUAUCCACAAAGUAACAACGGAGCUCUUUGUCCCCAGCAGCGGGGCCCGAGAUAAAGCUGUGAAGCUCCUCAUUGUGAUCACCGACGGAGUGACGGUUGGAGAUGACAGACGUCUUGAAGAUUCAGCCAAUGAGGCCAGAAGAAAAGGCAUAGUGUGCUUCGCCAUUGGGGUUGGGGAUGCCUUCACUAGUGCAACAGCCCUUAGAGAAUUAGAAACCAUUGCAGCAUCCAGUGACCGGAUCCUCAGAGUCACCGACUUCUCUGCCCUCUCCCAGUUCCAGAAGACGUUGCAGGAGAAGAUCUUUGCUAUUGAAGGAACGCAGUCAAACGACGCAACUUCCUUCCAGAUGGAGAUGUCUCAAGAGGGGUUCAGUGCCGUCCUAACAGAGGAUGGGCCCAUCCUCGGGGCAGUCGGUGCUUAUGGUUGGUCAGGAGGGAUAUCAGUUUACACCGCCGGACAGCAAAAUGGUGUCUUUAUAAACAAUACAAAGGAUCAGACGGACAUGAAGGACUCUUAUAUGGGUUAUGCUAUACAGAAGGUGACAAAGGACCUCAUAGCAGUUGGGGCCCCAAGAUACCAACAUACCGGGAAGGUCCUGAUCUACGAAAGAAGAAACAGCCAGUGGAGGCAAGUGGCCACAGCCAAUGGAGAGCAGAUCGGGUCAUAUUUCGGCUCAGUUCUAAGUGUUCUCAAUGAAAAUUCAAGUCCACCUGUCCUUGUGGUCGGGGCUCCAACAUAUUACUCUCCAGAAGUGCCUAGCGGACGGGUGUACCUGUGUCCCAUCCCUGCCCAGGUCAGAAGUACUCAAACUAUCUCUUGCCCGGAAACCCUUCACGGUGACCCUAGCCAAACCGUGGGACAAUUCGGCUCUGCCAUCUUUGUUCUUCCUGACCUGACUGGAGAUAAACUGCCAGACCUGGCUGUUGGCGCCCCGUAUGAGGACAAUUAUCAGGGAGCCGUCUAUAUCUUCCCAGGUCAGAAGAAGAGCUUCAGAACAUCAUAUAUACAGAGGGUCACUGGAAGCCUGGUCAGCAGCGGCAUAAAGUUUUUCGGGAGGUCGUUAAGCGGGAAUGUGGACAUGACGGAGGAUGGAAUUCCAGAUCUCGCCAUCGGGGGUGAAGGCCGAGUCCUUAUAUUGAAAUCUCGUCCAGUGAUCGGUGUGUCUGUGUCCAUGACAUUCGAUCCUCAAAAAAUUCCACUUUCUUCCUACGAAUGUUCAAUCCCGGGAAGAAAGGAAGCUGCGACAACAGUCACCUUGUGCUUCACCCCUGAACUGAAGAGCACCCAAGCCAAAGGUGGAAUCUUGGCACAGGUUAACUACACUCUCCUGCUGGACCCGGCACUCACUGUAACCCGAGCCGUCUUCUCCCGCAAACCUGACACCAGGACAAGAAGCCAGUCCAUGGAGCUUAGCAAGGAGCGGAAAUGUGCCCAGCAUGCCAUCCUCCUACCUGAGUGUGUGGAGGACUCUCUGACUCCUCUCCGGAUGUCUCUCAGUUACUCUCUUCUGGGAAAUCCUGUGCUGAGCGAGGACACGAGGACCAGCUAUGCUGAAGAGGUCCCGUUUCAGAAGAAUUGUGGUCGGGAUGAGGUGUGUGAAGAUGAUCUGAGGCUGGCCAUCAACUUCACUGGUGUCACCCAGCUGGUGGUUGGGACGUUGCUUGACAUCAAUGUGACGGUCUCUGUGAAGAGUUUACAAGAUGAUUCCUACAACACCCGCGUUCUCAUCCCCUUCCCCAUUGGCUUGUCGUACCGUUUGGUGUCUCUUAUUGAGAGUAACAAGAAAGUGACCGUUCUAUGCACGACUCUGGAGGGUCAGAGGGUGGUCAGCUGUGCGGUGAACAGACCUCUCCUGAGACCCAACACCACGGUGGUCUUCUUGGUGGGCUUCCAUGUUUCCUCAACAGCAGAUCUAAAAGACUCUUUGCUGAUGGCAGCCAAUAUAACCAGUGAUAACAAAGAUUCUGCCAACAAUCGAAGGACGUCCUCAGCUAAAAUAGACGUGUUGUAUGCCAUCUUUGUCACAGUCACCGGCCUUGAAGAGUCCAGCAAGUACCAUAAUUUCACAUCUGAGGACUCCACAAUACGGCACAUCUACAGGGUCAAUAAUCUGGGUCAGCGCAGCCUUCCCCUCACCGUCAUCUUCUUCCUCCCAACGCGGCUGGGGGAGGCCUCAGUCUGGGAGAAGAUUAGCAUCAGCAGUUCCGAGCCAGAGGUCACCAGCUGUACCAUGAAGGGAGCAACAGAAGGAGCCAAGAACGCCGGGGAACUCAUAAACAAGAGUCCAAUCUUUAACUGCUCGGUUGGUUGGUGUGUGAGAGCGGAGUGUCAGAUCCGGGAUCUGGAGGCUCAGCGUUCACUGAUCUUCACUAUCAAUGGAACUGUGACUAAAAACUGGACCACACAGACGGAACAGAAGAAAAUCUCCCUACAGAGCUGGGCAGAGAUUGUAUACGAUACCCGGACCUACCAUCAGAGCCAAAACUUCACCCGAACCCAGGCUCAGACGGUGCUGGAAAUUCCCAUCAAGUACAAUUAUGUCCCCAUUAUAAUCGGGAGCAGUGUGGGGGGGCUGGUCCUGCUGGCCCUGAUAACGGCCGGAUUGUACAAGCUCGGCUUCUUCAAGCGUCAGUAUAAGAACAUGUUGGAGGAUCCAACAGCAGGGCAGGCGGUAAAUGACGAGGCGCCUCUGGAGCCCCAAGACAUUGAAGAGACCAAAUCCUUCUCCUAUGCCGGGACCUUUUUUGUUGAUGUGGAGCGUCCAAUUAUCUUCCAGAACAAGGACCAGAGCUUUGGUUAUCAGGUGGUGCAGCUAGAUGGAUGGGUGAUAGUCAGUGCUCCGCUCCACCAAGGGGCAGGACAUUUGUAUCGCUGCAACCCGAAUACUACCCGCUGCUCCCCCAUCUCUGGAAUGGAAGACGGGAUGAACAUGUCUCUCGGAUUGGCUGUAGCUGCUCAGGAUAAUCCACCUCAAUUAAUUGUAUGUGGGCCCACCCUGCAGAGAACGUGCGGACACAACAUCUACGUCAACGGACGCUGCCACCUACUGGACGGGAACCUGAGAAGGAACUACACCGUGCCCAGGUCUCUGCCAGAAUGCAGCUUCUGCCUGGACAUCGUCUUCCUCAUCGAUGGCUCUAACAGUGUCGGCGAGACGAACUUCACUAAAAUGGUGGAAUUUGUAUCUCAUGUAAUUUCCGGCUUCAACGGGACAGACACAGAGUUCGCUCUCAUGCAGUACGGCUUUGCUUUCCGAACACUUUUCAACUUCACACGAUUUUCCACCGAGUCGGAAUUCCGUCUUCUGAAAAGCAUUUCAUAUCAGGGAGAAAAAAUGACCUACACGGCAAAGGGGAUCCUCAGAGCCAUAGAGGAGCUGUUUGUCCCUCGUAGAAGAUUCCGGAAAAAGUCCCAGCAGGUUCUCAUCGUCAUCACAGAUGGAGAGUCCUCUGACCCUGGAAGUUUAGCCAAAUCCAUUUCCAAGGCCAACGAUCUCGGCAUUAAACGGAUUUCCAUCGGGGUGGAUGAAAACCUCCAAACCAGCGAUCAAUACAAGGAGCUGAAGAUGAUUUCCUCAUCACCAGAUUACAUCUUUCCCGUCUCCAACUUUUCAGCGCUGAGCCAGAUACAAUCAUCUCUGCAGAGCACCAUCUUCUCCAUCGAAGGCACGCAGUCCAAGAAUGCGACUUCUAUCCAGAGGGAAUUUUCUCAGGAAGGAUUCAGCGUAGAUCUAACUCCGGAUGGAGUAAUACUUGGGGCAGUUGGAGCAUACGGCUGGUCUGGUGGGGCAUACAUCUUUAAAGAUGGUCAUCCAAAUGGCACCUGGAUAAAUGCCACAAAGGACCAGACAGACAUGGUGGACUCCUACCUAGGUUACUCUGUGCUACAUCUGGAAAAGGACCUGAUCGCCACCGGAGCCCCGCGAUACAAAUACACCGGCAAAGUCCUGAUCUACAAACGUGACCCAAAAACCUUGGAGUGGAAGCAGAAGGCUGCAAUCUACGGGGAAAUGAUCGGCUCGUACUUUGGGUCAGUGCUGAGUGUGGCCCGCCUGAACCUCUCACAUAUUCUUGUGGUUGGAGCCCCAACAUAUUAUUCUCCAGAGGGUCCAGGUGGGCGGGUGUACCUGUGUCCCCUCCCUACUCAGGAAGUGAACUCUGGGGACACUCCCAUUACCAUUAUGUGUCCGGAGACCCUGCAGGGCGAAGCCGGCCAGCCCGUGGGCCAUUUUGGUUCUGCCAUCUCAGUUCUGCCAGAUCUAUCUGGAGACCAGCUGCCGGAUCUGGCUGUUGGCGCCCCGUGCGAGGACAACUAUCAGGGGGCUGUCUAUAUCUUCCUGGGACAACCAGGGGGCUUCAGACCUUCAUAUAUACAGAGAAUUACCGGAAGUCUAUUAAGCAGCAGAAUAAAGUUUUUUGGUCGGUCUCUGAGUGGGAAUCUGGAUCUGACGGGGGAUGGACUUCCAGAUCUGUCCGUGGGGAGUGAAGGCCAAGUCUUUGUACUGAGAUCUCACCCGGUUGUGUUUCUGUCGGUGUCCAUGAGAUUUCACCCCCGAGAAAUUCCACUUUCCUCCUACGAAUGUUCAGUGAUAAAUAGGAGAGUGCAGGCCUCGAAUAUCACAGUGUGUUUCACCCAGGAAUUGAGGAGCCCCCGGCAUGUAGGUGGAAUCUCGGCGCAGGUGAACUACACACUCAUGCUGGACGCGGCGUUCACUUUGACCCGAGCCGUCUUUCCCCACCAACCUGGCUCCAGAACAAUGAGAAGUUCCUUAGAGCUAGCCGAGAAGCCAAGAUGUGUCCACCACACCGUAAUCCUUCCUGAGUGUGUGGAGGACUCUCUGUCCCCUCUUCGAGUCGUUCUUAACUUCUCUGUUAUUGGAUCCCCUGUAUUGAGUCUGGACUCAAAACGCAGAAUCUCAGAAGAGCUUUUAUUUCAGAAGAAUUGCGGUGGGGAUGGAGUGUGUGAGGAUGACCUGAAAGUCAACAUCACCUUCUCAAACGUCACCGAGCUGGUGGUUGGAGCGGAUUUUGACAUCAGUGUGACGGUUUCCGUGAAGAAUGAGGGAGAUGAUUCCUUUAACGCUCAUAUUGUUAUCCCCUUCCCCCCCAGUCUAUCAUAUCGAAGGGUGUCUCUGAUUGAGAGUAACAGGAAGGUGGGGGUGUCAUGUUCAACUGCAGAGGACCAGAGAGUGUUGAACUGUGCAGUGAACAGGCCUCUCCUGAGGGCCAACACCAUGGUGAUCUUCAUGGUGAGCUUUCAUGUUUCACCAACUGCUGAUCUUGGAGACAUGUUGAUGUUGACGGCCAGUGCCGCCAGCGAUAACAGAGAGUCUUCCAAUGAUGCCACGAAAGCCUCUUCUCAGCUGAGAGUUAUCUAUGCCAUCUAUGUGACCAUCGCCAGCAAGGUUCCGGGUCUGAAUUCCACAUUGUACGCUACAGAUCACGUCUCCUCGUCUAUUUCCAGCCUUGAAGAGUCCAGCAAAUACCAGAACUUCACCAGCCAUGACACCUCCAUACAACACGUCUAUAAGGUCAUGAAUCUGGGGGAGCGCCACCUUCCUCUCUCCGUCAUCUUUCAUUUCCCGGUGAAAUUGGGCGAGAUGUCUGUCUGGGAGAAGACAAAUAUCACCAGCUCUCAGCCGCAGAUCACCGAAUGUGUCACCAAGGCUCUGAUGAGGCCACCAGAGAACUUCCAGGAGCUCCUGAGAACAAGCCUACUUCUGAACUGCUCGGUUGGUUGGUGUGUGAGAGCGGAGUGUCAGAUCCGGGAUCUGGAGGCUCAGAGUUCACUGAUCUUCACUAUCAAUGGAACUGUGACUAAAAACUGGACCACACAGAUGGAAAAGAAGAAAAUCUCCCUACAGAGCUGGGCAGAGAUUGUAUACGAUACCCGGACCUUCCAUCAGAGCCAACACUUCACCCGGGCCCAGGCUCAGACAGUUCUGGAGGUUCUGGAGGACUAUAAUUACCUUCCUAUAAUAGUCGGGAGCAGUGUGGGGGGUUUGGUUCUUCUGGCCCUGAUAAUAGCCGCACUAUACAAGGUGGGCUUCUUCAGGCGCCAAUAUAAAGAGAUGCUGGAAAGUCCCGAAAAAAUCAACAUGGAGGAGGAGGCAGCUAAGGAUCCAGAAACUCACAUGGCCCCGGAAUGAGAAGAAUCCCACCCACCGACAUUUCCAAAAAUAACUUGUGUAUAAAAUUAGACUUAUUAUUA